AUGGAAAUUGGAAGGGUCAUUUUUGCGAAGAAAGCUGUAUAUGAGCAUUGCAAUGCAUAUUUUAAUUUUGGAAGUCAUUUGUUUGUUAAAGAACGAGACCUUUUCCUUAGUAAUCCUGGACAUUAUGAUAAUAUAUUUACUAACGUAGAAAUCAAUUUGCCAAUUGAAGAGAUUGAGGUCUUUAGCGUGAUUAAAAA